UCUCGCUCUUUCUCUGUUAACCUGCUUGCCGUUCUGUUGUUACAAGCUCUCUUACUGCUAAAAGCUAGUGAUCACUAGUGUCUAGCUUCCAGUCAGCCGUGCUAGUUUCGUCCAGUCAGUAGCUCUCCGGUGUCCCGCUCUCGGUCGCAAUCAGUCAGCUGAAAGUUACAAGAGAGAGCGAAAAAGUAAAGAAGACAAAAACCGAGCACAAAAGACAAGGUAUCAACAGUAGCAGCAGCAGCCGAAGAGAAACCAGGAAAGGAGGAAUCAUUUUCAAUCGUUAUUCUACAAGAAACGAGGUUAUUAGAACACCUGGAAGACGGGCCUCAGUGCGUUGAGAUAGAAGAGAAAACACUAUCAUUUGCUAUCACCGCUGCCAAGAAGAUCGAGCUCGUUGGUGCGCGUCUCUACCCCGCGUUUAUCUAUUAGUGGCUACUUCGACGCCGGGCGCCACUGACGUCGUUUUCGUGACUCUCUCCACCCUCUUCAUUUUAGUAUCAUACCAAUUUGAGACCUUCUCCCUCCCGUUGCUUCUUUUCUUUUACCACGACUCUCCAUCUUCGUGGUUCCCAGCAAUCAUCACCCUCUGUGCUUCCACCCCCGUUCCACCCUCGUUCCACCCCAUUCCACCCGUUGAGGCUAAACUCUCUCUCCUUUCCAUCCCUCUUCACGUUCCUCCUCCACCGCCUACUUUUGCCACGUCUUCCUCUAACAGAGGUGUGACGAAAUCGUAUUCCAAUCCCGACCCGUUGACGGAACAAGAGGGAAAUAUGAGCGGCGAACGCGGACUUGGUGCCGCUCAGUUUGGGAUCGGAUCUGGCAGUGGAACUGGCAGCAGUAGUAGCGCGGCCGCCAACAACAAUAACAACAACGGAAGCGCCAACAACAACUACCAACAGAAGCAACAGUUUACCAACUACAAUCACUCGUGUUGUUCAUCCGGUUAUCCAGACGUCGGUCGUGUUCAGGUCACGGCAAAAAUCCUGUUUGGUUCAGUAGCUGCUAUUCAAUCAGUAAACGCCGAGAAAUGUCGCAAAAAAUAGCCACGUCUUCCGAAAGGACGACGUCGCACUGCAUUCCUUCUUUCCCGUUGUCGACCUGGCUACGUUUGGUGGUUGGUCUCGCCGGCUUGUGGCCGCUUUUUGGCUGCUGGACGCUUGCCGACGCUUCUAACCACCAUGAACUGGACCCCCCACCUGCCCAACGACUUGCUGCUUCAUCACCGAAGCAACAAACAUUGCCGUUCGCCAUCAUGCUCAACUUGAUACGCGAACAACAGAAAAGCGAGCGUGACCCAGACGGACUUAGUCCCGAACAGAUUCAGCUGAUUGAACACAUUUUCGGCGCCGGCCUUAAUGCGUCCGAUUACCUCAUAAACGACCUAGAGCCUCGCCUUUACAAAGAAGGGCAUAUUAUUAAGAAAGACGAUCCGGCGGCCGGCGUUGCUGCCUUUAAUUAUCAAGACGCCAUCACCAAACAGUUUGCCCGAUACGGUUUUGCGACUCUUAAAGCUUACGCUUUACUCCGUGAUAAAUUUACCAUCAAUCAACGGAACCGUUUCGGCGACGAAGGUCGAAUAUCUUUGCGUAACACCGAUUUCUACGCUGAAUGCCCUUUAAAAGCUGAAACAAUCAAAUGUCCGCCAUUCAGCGCUCUGUACCGAACGGGCGACGGCACUUGCAACAACAUGGACCACCCGGAAUGGGGGGCCUCUUUCAGGCCGUUCCAGCGCUUCUUACCGGCCGAAUACGGCGACUCGGUGGAGGCAUUCCGUCGGUCCGUACAAGGAGGCCCAUUGCCAAGUGCCCGUGCAGUCAGUGCUCUGGUCCAUCGCCAUCGCAAUAUAACCACUACUCAGUUCACGACUAUGGUGAUGCAGUGGGGCCAAUUCCUUGAUCACGACAUUACAUCUUCUGCACAGACAAGAGGCUUCAACGGCAGCAUUCCGCAGUGUUGCAAUAAGGACGGACAGGAACAAGUACUGAAAGAGAAUAGGCAUCCGGAUUGUAUGCCUAUUGAAGUACCAUCUGAUGACGCGUUCUACGGCAAAUACAACGUGACUUGCCUGAAUUUCGUACGCUCCAGUCCGUCUCCAUCAGAAGGAUGCUUGAUCGGUCCUCGCGAACAAAUCAAUCAGAUCACUUCAUACCUUGAUGCGUCAAAUGUGUACGGCAGCACCGAUAAGCUACUCAGCUCUCUUCGGCUUUAUAGUAAAGGAAUGAUGAAGUGCCGCGAAAUGAUGUUCCGCAAAGCUCUACUGCCCGUCUUGGAGAAGCCAUUUAGCGACGAAUGCCGCACGCACUCGCCCAAUAUGCAUUGUUUCAAAGGAGGCGACAGUCGUACCAACGAACAACCAGGCUUGUCCUCUAUGCAUACGGCCUGGAUGCGUGAACAUAACCGCCUCGUCAGAAAAUUGGCCGAUUUGAAUCCGCAUUGGAAUGAUGAACGUCUCUUUCACGAGGCUCGCAAGAUUGUAGGGGCCCAGAUGCAACACAUCACAUACAAUGAAUUCCUUCCUAUCGUUCUUGGCGAACGCGUGAUUGAGGUUUUUGAUUUGCGGCUCAAGCGCCGCGGAUUCUAUUAUGGCUACAACAGCAGCAUCAAUGCCAUGGCUGCCAACUCUUUCGGGACAGCCGCCUUCCGUUUUGGACAUUCACUUAUUCCGAAGAACUUGAACCGCUGUAACCGUUUCCAUCAGCUACUACCGUACAGAACUCCUCUGCGGAAGGAGCUGAUGGAUCCGACGCCCAUCCACAACAUCGGCGCUGUCGACCGGAUUUUGCUAGGCAUGUGCACUCAGCCUGCUAUGAGGCGUGACGAGUACAUCGUUGACGAGUUGACCAACCAUUUGUUCCAAACCAGCAACAAACCGUUCGGAAUGGAUCUGAUGGCUCUCAACAUCCAACGUGCCCGCGACCACGGCAUUCCACCAUACGUCGUGUGGCGAGAAGCUUGCGGUUUGACUCCGAUUCGCAACUGGGGCCAGCUUCUCUCAAUUAUGGAUGACGAUACCGUCGGCCGACUCCGAAUCGCUUACAACAGCCUGGAAGAUAUCGACCUCUUUCCUGGCGCUAUGGCCGAAAAACCCGUUGUGGGUGGCAUGGUUGGCCCGACUUUUGCUUGCAUUAUUGCCCAGCAGUUUCUCAAUCUACGCCAAGGAGAUCGGUUUUGGUAUGAGAACGGGGACGUACCCAACGCCUUCACUGAUAGCCAACUUCGUGAACUUCGACGUUCCACUUUGGCCAGAAUCAUUUGCGAUAAUUUGGACGACGCCGAAACUAUUCAACCUUGGGUCAUGCUUCAGCCAGAUUCCAAUACGAACCCUCGAGUGUCUUGCCGCGGCGGAAUCAUUCUCCAAAUGGAUUUGAGAGCCUGGAAAGAAACUGAAGCCAAAGCAACCUCUUUCCACGCUAACGUCUUACCGGAAGAUGAAGUCUCCACGAAUUCGAUCAAGGCUGGCAGUGUUACAUACCAACACACGGAUGAGUACGAGGCCGAAGACGGAUCGCCAUCAAAAGGACAUGGAUCAAGACCUAUGCCGCUCUUGCAGCCUGAAGACGACUGGGUGGAAGAACUUCCUCGUCCCAUACCAGAGGCGCUAGCUCGCUCACAGAUAAAUUUGGAAGAAGAGAAAAACGAUGAAUGAAAGCUGACCGUUUUUUUUUGGGCCGCAACCGUACAGGAGCUCCUUUGAAUUUCUUUAUUGACAGACGUACGAUUUAUAUAAAGUGCCUCGCUUUUGUCAAAACUAAUUUACUGUUCGACGUUAUCACGUCGUGUAUUCUAUGAGAAACUAACGUCCGAAAUUGUGAAAAAGUGCCGGUCGCUUUUUCGUUUUUCAAAGAUUUUUUUUCCUUUCCAAAGUUCUUUUGAAUUGUACGUUUUUUUUCUUAUUUAUUUUAUCGGAUGAGAUUCAUUUUCCCAUGUAUGUGUCAGAGCAUAUUGUUGGGGAAAUCGUAUUGUACAGCGAUGACAGCGAUUCUAAUUACGGUUGUUUUCAAAUACUAGUUAUGUUCUUACCAAUAUUAUGAAAAAUAAAUAUUUUAUUAUUAGA